AUGGCGCCACCACAACUCAGCGAAGACGAGACUGACGACCUGCUAUACUCGGCGCGCACCGGUGACACAGACGAGCUGAGCACGCUGCUGGCCACGUUGGCCGCGCGCGAGAAGGUGUCGCCCGCCGAGGUCCUGGCCAGCGCCAAGGACGAAGGCAAGUCGACGUGCCUGCAUAUGGCGACAGGGAACGGGCACAUCGAAGUCGUCAGCACCAUCCUCUCGCACUUCGCAGACCGCCCAAAGGAGGAGCGGCAGGCGUUCCUGGACGCGCCCAACGAGUACGCCAACACGGGGCUGCACUGGGCGGCGCUGGGGGGCCACCUGGCGGCGGUCAAGCUGCUGGUCGAGGCCGGGGCGUCACCGGCGCUCGCCAACGACAAGAACUACGUGCCGCUGGACCUGGCCAGCUUCGGCGACAAGCUCGACGUCGUCGACUACUUCCUCGCGCAGGCCGGUAUGCUCGAGACGGAGAACGGCGACGAGGCGCUCGACGUGGCGGUGGCUGAUGUCCAUCUCGAGGAGGGCGAGACGGAGGGCGAGGGUGAUGAGAAGGAGGGUUCUAGCUCGAGUGCGAAGCAAUGA